ACAUUAUUUUUUUUUUUUGGUUGCAAGCAAAAACAUUUUUAACGUAGUUUUUGUGAAACCAAAACGCGAAAGUGAAUAAAAAAACAAUUCAAGUGAAACAACUAAACAAACAAUUGCAAAAAGCAGAAAGCAACAAAACAGAAUAUAAACUCUCUGGAGAAGUGUUUAGCGGCAAAUUUAAAAAUUUGCUGCCAAGUGAAGAAAAUAUAAAACUGUGUCUUAAACUCAACAAAGAAUAUUUAGCCGAAAUGGUUACCGGCGUAACAGCAGCCAAUAUGACAAAUGUCUUGGGUACGGCCGUAGUGCCCACCCAGCUAAAGGAGACGCCGCUCAAAAGUGAUCGUCGGUCGAACAAACCAAUUAUGGAAAAACGCCGACGCGCUCGUAUUAACAAUUGCCUCAAUGAGCUAAAGACUCUGAUUUUGGAUGCCACCAAAAAAGACCCGGCUCGUCAUUCUAAAUUGGAGAAGGCUGACAUUUUGGAGAAAACAGUUAAACAUUUGCAAGAAUUGCAACGCCAACAGGCUGCCAUGCAACAGGCUGCCGAUCCAAAGAUUAUCAAUAAAUUCAAAGCCGGAUUUGCCGAUUGUGUCAAUGAGGUUAGCCGUUUCCCAGGCAUUGAGCCUGCCCAGCGUCGUCGUCUGUUGCAACAUCUGAGCAGCUGCAUCAAUGGCGUCAAGACGGAACUGCAUCAUCAGCAGCGUCAACAGCAAGCAGCCAGUCAGCAAUCGAUACACGCCCAAAUGUUGCCCUCGCCACCAAGUUCACCUGAACAGGAAUUGGCCCAACAGCAGCCACAAACAGCGGCAGCAGCAGCGGCCCCCUAUCUCUUUGGACAGAUUCAGCAAAAUGCCAAUGGUUAUUUUUUAUCCAAUGGCAUGCAAGUGAUUCCUACUAAAUUGCCAAAUGGCAGUAUUGCCCUGGUAUUACCCCAAAGUCUGCCACAACAACAACAACAGCAACAGCAGCAACAGCAACAACAGCAGCAGCAGCAACAACAAUUGGCAGUAGCAGCGGCAGCAGCAGCAGCAGUAGUUGUGGCUCAACAGCAACAGCAGCAACAACCACCCAUGUUGGUGGCAAUACCACAGCGAACAGCCAGCACAGGAUCAGCCAGCUCACAUUCAUCGGCCGGUUAUGAAUCAGCGCCCAGUAGCAGCAGCAGCAGCAGCAUUAUUAGCAACAGCAGCCAUCAUCAUCAUCACCAUCAUCUACAUCAGCAGCAUCAGCAUCAGCAUCAUUAUGCACCACCCAGUCCGGCCAAUUCGUCAUAUGAGCCAAUGGAUAUUAAGCCAUCGGUCAUCCAGCGUGUCCCCAUGGAGCAGCAGCCAUUGUCGCUGGUCAUUAAGAAACAAAUCAAGGAGGAGGAGCAGCCCUGGAGGCCUUGGUAAACCAACAAAACAAACACACACGCACACACGUACACACACACACACACAUAAAUGAAAAUCGAGUCCAUCCACAUCCAAUGGUAAUACAGAAGGCUCAAUAUGGAAUCUCCCGCUUUAAGACUGAUGGGCGUUGCAUACACACACGCACACACAAACACACCUACACACUCAUUUCUCAUCCCUCUAUAUGCGCAGGCGUUGGGAGCAUGCGCAGAGACAUUUCACAUCAUUUCGCCAGGAUAACGCAAAUGUUGUUUUGAAGUGCUUUGAAACAUGCGAAAAAUCCUUCAUGGUCUGAAAACAUUUCACUCUGAGUUUACCUUAAAACCAACUCUUAGUGAGCUGAAAGACUUUCAUUCAAACACAAAACAAAAAUCCAUUACACACAGAAAAACAAAU